CCACACCCUAUACCGCCGCCCCUGCCGCCCCUGCCACCCUUACCACCGGGCCCGCGGCCGCCACCUCCACAACCUCCACCAGCGUACCGGAAAUGAAUAAGAGCGAUGCCUUUAGCAAAAGCACUACCUCGUCAGAGCAGCAGCCUGUGACCUCCGACAAGGAGACCUCGGCGAAUGACGCCGCGCCGUCAUCGGUGACCUCUCCGCGGUCAGCAAAGGCGGCGACAGCGGCAGCGGCCAGAGCGCCAGAGCGCAGCGAGUACAGCACUCCGCCGAGGGUCUUUGAGACGACCACUGAGCUCACGACCUCGCCAAGCAAGGCUGAAAAAGGGACGCAAGAUUCCAGCCCGCCUCCGCCGACCGCAGGCAACGACCCUUUCCGAGACCUGGUGGACCUGGCGCUGGCCAGCUGCCGCGACAGGCCUAGGCCGCCAGGCGCCCUGCCCUGGCGGGCCAGCGGCGAGGUGGUCGAACUUGCCGGCGACACGGCAUUCGUGGGCAGGUUUUGGAUAGACGCGAGUCUGAAGACGGAUGCCGAGCGAGGUAGCUGCUGGCUGAGCAAGACCUCUGACACGACCGCGGACGAGGUCUCCGGCACGCCCCCACCUUCCGGGAGGGAGACCCGCACCGUGACCAUCGUCUACAACAACAACGCGAUCAGGACCGGCGCGGAGGUUCACGCACCGCGAGUUCAAGUUCCGGACAGUGUUCUAACAGGAAACUCUCUGAUUGCAAAGAAUGCUCAAGGCCCAGCGUUUGUUGGAAAUGAAGAAUGCGCUAAAAGUCCAGAGAAUGUUACGAUCUCGGACAAAACUGAAACCCUAGAGAACAUUGAAAUACUAGGUAAUGCUUCGAUUCCGGAGCAAAUUCCAAUUUCAGACAAUACUUCAAUUCUAGAGACUGUUCCAGCUCCAGAAUUAGGUCAAAUCCCAGAGACUGUUCAAAGUCCAGACAGGGUUUCGGGUAUGAAGAAGGUACAAGUUCCCAAUAUGGCAGAAGAAGUAAUGGAUAUUCCAUUUAGUGAAACAGGUUUAGACGUGGGGGGCGCAGUGCCGCAGCUGGUUCCGCAAGCGGUCCAAGUGUCGGCGAAACAAUCAGAAAACAUGGCGUCUGAUCAAUCCGAGUGUCCAGAGACUCCCCAGGGGGCAGACUCGCACCCUGCCGUCACUCUCCUGGAGGCAGAGUCUCACCCUACCGUCACAUUCCAGGGCCGCAAGUACUUCUUGGAGGAAAAAUCGAGUCCUCCUUUUCUUACUGACUCAGGAUGGGACGUACUUGUCCAGGACGAAGAUGUCAAACUCCAGGAGGUGGAAUUCGCGAAGGGCCUCAAGGACCGUGUCGGUGAAGAGAAGGAGAGGCCGAGGCAGGAGGCGCGGGGCGUCUGCGUGAGGCUGGUCGGGGCCGCGGGUGACCGCCUGAAGGACACCUCCAAGUGCGCCCUGCAGCACACGGCGACCCUUGCCGCAGCCCCCAUGGGCGACAGUCUGGCCGAGGUCCUCAGCACAGCCCCCAGUCUCGGGCCGGUGAAAGCGACAGUGGCCGAGCAGGUUGCCAGUGCCGCUGCCACCAUCGCGGCCUCGGUCUCGGCGGCGGUCCAGGCCGACUCACCGUGCCCGCGGUGCGGACGCAAGGCGGGCAGGGCGGGCGCGCCAGGGUGGUGCCCCACCAGGACGCUGAGGCCCGCGGCGAAGCCGGAGGCCGUCUUCACCCCGGCGGCCGCCCCGAGCAGCUGCUUCCAGAGGAGGAAGCAGUACGAGGCGACGCUCGAGACGCGUCGCCAGCCGCACCCGCCGCACUCGGUCGCCGGACCCAACAAGCUCGUCGAAGACCUCCUGAUCCUGCAGAGGCUGACGCAGACGCUGCGCACCAGGAACAGCUCCACGCCGGACGGGGUUAAAGGGCUAGAGGGUCUCAGAGGGUUGGAGGGCAUAGAGGGGUUCGAGGGUCUAGAAGGGUUGGAAGGACUAGGGGGCAUGGAGGACGUCAUCAACGCCAUGCUGGCUGCCCUCCCGGUCGGAGAGGCAGAGGCGGGAGUGGCCGGUGAAGGGCGCGUCGCGGACCGCCGAGAGUUGCGGGGGAAGUCCACGGCGGCAGCCCGCAACCUGCGAGCGCCACGCGGCAAGGUUCUCUGGCCCAAGCCGUCCUGGGACCCCUCGCCCCAGGGUCCCGCACAGCGCUUCGAGCUCAGACCCAAUCGAUCGCAGCUCCGGAAGCGCCCCAAGAGGUAUGGUGUCUGUAGACUAACAAGGUUGAGUUGCGUGGCCGGCCGACACCUCACCUCCACCCUCCGCGUUCUGCCGUACCGCACAGGCACAAGGGGAGCCAGGUGGUUGUGGCUGCGGCGCCGACUGGGACCGACACAACUACGCCGGGCCGAGGCCGAAGGGGCUCGCCGGCGGGCACCGCCCUCCACAGCAAGGUGCGCCGGCCGCGGGGGAAGGUCCACGUGCAGCCGGCCCGCUGGCUGGCGCAGCCCAAGUGGCACCAGCAGCUGGCGCACCUCGCUCGCCACGGUGAGCGCCACGGGAUACGGACAUCGCGGACAAGAUCGCGACGGGACAGGAUGUGUACUCUACUUACCUUCAGCAACAGAUUCGUCAGGACCGUCUCCGAAAGGGUCGGCGUCGAGCACGCCGCGGCCACGUCCGAGUGAGGAGCCUGCGGGAGAGGCACAGGUGUGGGGGCCGGGGAGUGCGCUGACCUCGGCGCCCGCACUGCAGCAGGACGCGGGUGGUGGCACGCGGGUGUACAUCCACGUGGUGGGCGGGGACGCCGACAAGAUCGCCGGAAUCCUGUCAAGCGCCCUGACUGCGUCACCCGCGUCGUCCGCUGCCGUCACCGCCACCUCCACCUCCACGGGGGAGAGCGCGGCCCACGCCACAACGACCUGCUCGAUCAGUCGGCUGCCCGGGCUGCAGUGGAGGCCGCCGCGGCCGGGCGUGGGCCCCGCGGACGUGGUGCUGGAGCCGGCCUACAGCUGGCCGCGGUUGCUGCCCCCGCACCCGCCCGGGCCGCUGCCCUGCUGGUCCCUGCCAAGCAGGCUGCCAUGGCGCUCCACUGGAGGCUCCACCUCCAGGGCUUCCAGGCUGAGGGCGCCGCCAAGCACCAGGGAGGCAGGACCCUCAAUCUGAGGACCUCAGAAGGGUCAAGAGUGAGUAUGCAGCCACCGCUGACCGAGCCAUGAACAAGCAGUCUUCACUGCCAGGAAGAGUUGGCUGCACCUGUCGAAGCCAUCGACGACCAGCGUCGGGGAAAUACAUCCGACAUCCGACGUGAUCCUGACCAUUGCAUCCGCUCUUCUUUACUAGCUUGAGCUGUUAGCGUUCCAAGCCGUCGAUGGUUUGGCGCAGACAGGCGCCUGCCGAGCACCAUCG